UAGACCACGAUAGUUACUUGCUCGAUAUACGCGUAAAGCACUGUGCGAUGCAAUUUCCUGGUCUGCGUAUAAAAGACGAAGAACUUUGAGGAAAUGGCAACAGUCCCGCCGUGCAAAUACAUCCGAUAACAUCAACAAGAUGAGCCGUCCCAGUUUGAUCUUGAUUAGCUUCUUAGUGGUGUUGGCAUUCGGCAUUUUGAUGGUGGAAGCUGAAGAGCGUGAAAAACGAGCACCGAUUUUGGGCCUGUUACUUGCGAAAAAAGUAUUACUGGGAAAAGGGUUAGGCCAUCACCGUGGCGGACACCACCACGGAGGUCAUGGCGGCCACGGUUACGGAGGACAUGGAGGUCAUCAUGGCGGUCAUGGCUAUCAUCACUGAAUUUGCAGACGUUGAUUUGGCCCACGUUCGCACCAAAGACGUUCUGUUUACUGUUUUCGUUAUAGCUUUUACGGGUGUGUUCUUUGCAGUAGUCGUCAACUGCUAUGUUACGUUUUCAAAAAAAUUUCUCCUUUGGCGAUGGCAUGUAUGGGUCUCUUAAAAGGAAAAUAAAUAUAUGUAAUCGACAACAA